AUGCUACAGCUAACAAUGGCCCUGUUCACGUACAGCAGACUGUCUAAUUUACUAAGAAUAUCCGUAAAUAAAGCCUCCGUUAAACGAACGGGGACCGAAAUAAAACGGGGACCUGCGUGUUGUGUGCAAUUAAUCCGAUGCCAGAGGUCUGUGGACAGCAAGGCGUUGCAGGAGAGGCAGAAGCAGCAGAUGGCCAGAGGUCUCCCCAGGCAGAAGCCCGUGACGGGGGUCAAACAGGUCCUCGUUGUGGCUUCGGGGAAAGGCGGAGUGGGGAAGUCCACCACGGCAGUGAAUUUGGCUCUUGGAAUAUUGGCCAACGAUCCGCUGAAGGCCGUCGGUCUGUUGGACGCUGACGUCUACGGGCCGUCCAUUCCCAAACUGAUGAACCUGAAGGGGAACCCGGAGCUCAACGACGGUUUUGACUGGAGGGACUCACCAAGGGACGCCGUAGUUAACGAGAGGGAUCAUCAGAAGCUGCAGCAGGGUCAUCGUGGUGUGUUCUGGUCCCUGCAGGUUCUCGGCCUGGUGCAGAACAUGAGCGUCUUCCAGUGUCCCAACUGUCACCACCAGACUCACAUCUUCGGCUCUGACGGGGCCCGACAGCUCGCAGACACACUGGGAGUCCAAUUAUUAGGUGACGUUCCUCUUCAUCUGAACAUCAGAGAGACGUCAGACAGAGGGACACCGGUGGUCGUCUCUGCUCCCGACAGCCCAGAGGCGGCGGCGUACAGGAAGGUGGCGUCCGCCGUGGUCCAGAGACUCGAGGAAGUCGACACGUGAUGGAUGCGCCUGACCGCGUCACACACCGCACACAAAACGCACACAAACGGAAACGCACAAACAUUUUUGCUGUCAAACGCACAAUAAAUUAAAUCUAAAGC